AUGGCGCCAGGCUUGAUAGACCCGCAUCCCGCAGUCGCUGCUGAGACACAGCGAUCCCUUUCAUCUGUGACCGAGCAUUACGACGAUACCCUACGAUUCUACCUCAAUGGCACAAAGGUCACUCUCGACACCGCGGACCCUGAGGUCACCCUUCUGGAAUACCUCCGAGGCAUUGGCUUGACCGGUACGAAGUUAGGAUGUGCAGAAGGAGGAUGCGGAGCAUGUACGGUCGUGGUCUCACAGUACAACCCGACCUCGGAGAAGAUAUAUCACGCUUCUGUCAAUGCGUGUUUGGCGCCGCUUGUUAGUGUGGAUGGUAAGCAUGUUAUCACAGUGGAGGGUAUUGGCAACGUGAAGAAUCCACAUCCGGCACAAGAGCGGAUAGCAAAGGGCAAUGGGUCACAAUGCGGAUUCUGCACACCAGGCAUAGUCAUGAGCUUGUACGCACUACUGCGCAACACCGAGAGUCCGUCAGAGCUUGAGAUCGAGGAGGCCUUCGAUGGAAACUUAUGCAGAUGUACUGGAUAUCGGCCGAUCCUCGACGCAGCUCAGACAUUCGGCGCAUCGAAAGGAUGUGGAAUGGCUAAAGCCAAUGGCGGGAGCGGAUGCUGUAUGGAAAAUGGCCAAACCAAUGGUUCGAAUGGUUGCGGCAAGUCUGAUCAAAAGAAUGUUGCAAACGGCGACGAUCAACCUAUCAAGCGAUUUACACCACCAGGCUUCAUUGAAUACAAUCCUGAUACACAACUCAUCUUCCCUCCUGCAUUGAAGAAGCACGAAUUCAUGCCACUGGCUUUCGGCACCAAACGAAAACGAUGGUACCGUCCUGUCACGGUCCAGCAGCUGCUCGAGAUCAAGUCCGCAUAUCCUUCUGCUAAGAUCAUAGGCGGUAGCACAGAGACACAAAUCGAAGUCAAGUUUAAGGCCAUGCAGUAUACCGUAUCUGUCUUUGUCGGAGACAUCGCAGAGUUGAGAGGCUACAAGUUCGCAGACGAUCACCUAGAGAUCGGUGGCAACAUCACUCUUACCGACCUCGAGGAUUUGACACUCAAGGCUGUCGAACACUAUGGCAAGGAGCGCGGCCAGCCUUUCGAGGCGAUACACAAGCAGAUCAGAUACUUUGCUGGCCGACAAAUUCGCAAUGUAGGCACGCCCGCCGGAAACCUAGCAACUGCAAGCCCUAUUUCAGAUCUCAAUCCUGUCUUCGUGGCGACGAAUGCGAUACUGGUAGCGAGGUCACUAGAAGGAACAAUUGAGAUACCCAUGUCGGAGUUCUUCAAAGCAUACCGCCUUACUGCACUGCCACCUGAUGCAAUCAUCUCCAGCAUUCGCAUUCCUGUAUUUCAAGAGAAGCGGGAGAUCAUGCGAGCUUACAAGCAGUCCAAGAGGAAAGACGACGAUAUCGCGAUCGUCAACUCGGCUCUGCGAGUUCGUCUAGAUGAGAACAACUUGGUCGAGAACUGCAGCUUGGUCUAUGGUGGACUGGCACCAAUCACGAUCGCUGCGAAGGAGGCGGUCGCAUACCUCGAAGGCAAGAAAUUCACAGAUCCGAAAACACUCGAGGGUGUGAUGAACGCUCUGGAGCAGGACUUUGAUCUACGCUUUGGCGUGCCCGGCGGUAUGGCCACAUACCGGAAGAGCUUGGCUCUCGGCUUCUUCUAUCGCUUCUACCAUGAGGUGUUGUCAACCUUGAAUGCUGGGGAUGAUGUCGAGAUUGAUCAAGAUGUGCUGGGCGAGAUCGAACGUGAGAUCAGCAAGGGCCACAAAGACCAUCUUGCUGGUGUCGCUUACGAGAAGAAGAUCAUCGGCAAGGAGCAACCUCAUGUGGCAGCGCUAAAGCAAUGCACCGGUGAGGCUCAAUACACCGACGACAUACCCGUGCAGAAGAACGAGCUCUACGGUUGUCUAGUCCUGAGCACAAAGGCGCAUGCCAAGCUCAUUUCCGUCGAUUCUGCUCCAGCAAUGGACAUUCCCGGCGUGGUAGAUUAUGUUGACCAUCACGAUCUUCCUAACGAAAAGGCCAACUGGUGGGGUGCACCAAACUGCGACGAGACAUUCUUCGCCGUCGAUGAGGUCUUUACCGCUGGCCAGCCUAUCGGUGUCAUCCUAGCCACCUCUGCCGCAGUCGCAGAAGCCGGUGCGCGAGCCGUGAGAGUGCAGUACGAGGAGCUACCUGCGAUCUUCACGAUCGAAGAAGCUAUUGCACAAGACAGCUACUUUGACCAUUAUCGUUUCAUUAACAACGGAGAUACCGAGAAAGCAUUCAAGGAGGCCGACCAUGUCUUUACUGGUAUCGCGCGGAUGGGUGGUCAAGAACACUUCUACCUUGAGACGAACGCUACGGUAUGCAUACCGAAGCCUGAGGAUGGGGAGAUGGAAGUCUGGAGCUCGACGCAAAAUCCCAGCGAGACUCAAGCAUAUGUCGCGCAGGUCACUGGCGUUGCUGCGAACAAGAUCGUGUCAAAGGUGAAACGGCUUGGCGGCGGCUUCGGUGGCAAGGAAACUCGGUCGAUCCAAUUGACUGGUAUCUGUGCUGUGGCUGCGAACAAGACGAAGCGCCCAGUUCGAUGUAUGCUGAACCGUGACGAGGACAUCAUAACAUCUGGUCAGCGCCAUCCUUUCUUGGCAAGGUGGAAGGUCGCGGUCAAUAAGGAUGGCAAGCUCCAGGCUCUCGAUGCAGAUGUGUUCAACAAUGGAGGCUGGAGUCAAGACUUGAGUGCUGCGGUGGUUGAUCGAGCACUUUCUCACAGCGACGGCGUCUACAACAUCCCCAAUGUCUAUGUGCGUGGCCGUAUCUGCAAGACUAAUACUGUAUCGAAUACUGCUUUCCGAGGAUUUGGUGGUCCGCAGGGUAUGUUCAUCGCCGAGACAUACAUGGAGGAAGUCGCGGAUCAUCUCAAGAUGCCUGUCGAGAAGCUGAGGGAGAUCAACAUGUACAAGCCGAACGAAAUUACUCACUUCAAGCAAGAACUGAAGGACUGGUAUGUGCCGCUCAUGUGGAAGCAGGUACUACAGGAUAGCGAGUACGACAGACGGAAGCAAGAGGUCGAGGAGUUCAACAAGAAGAGCAAGUGGAAGAAGCGUGGUAUAAGCAUCAUCCCGACCAAAUUUGGCAUCAGCUUCACUGCUCUGUUCCUCAAUCAGGCUGGCGCUCUGGUGCAUAUUUACCACGACGGAUCUGUGCUAGUAGCACAUGGUGGGACAGAAAUGGGCCAGGGUCUGCACACGAAGAUGACCAUGAUUGCGGCUGAAGCGCUUCAAGUGCCAUUGGAGAACGUCUUCAUCUCUGAAACAGCGACCAACACGGUGGCGAACACUUCUUCGACAGCAGCGUCUGCUUCUUCAGACCUGAACGGCUACGCCAUUUGGAACGCCUGCGCUCAGCUCAACGAACGUCUGGCACCGUUCCGAGAAAAGCUUGGUCCGGAUGCCACUAUGAAACAGCUCGCGCAUGCAGCAUACUUCGAUCGUGUCAAUUUGAGCGCCAACGGCUUCUACAAGACUCCAGAUAUCGGCUAUGUCUGGGGUCCAAACACUGGCCAGAUGUUCUUCUACUUCACGCAAGGCGUUGCUGCUGCCGAAGUGGAGAUCGAUACUUUGACCGGUGAUUGGACAUGCAAGAGAGCAGAUAUCAAGAUGGAUGUUGGCAGGUCCAUCAAUCCAGCCAUCGAUUAUGGCCAGAUUGAAGGUGCUUUUGUGCAAGGCCUGGGCUUGUUCACGCUGGAGGAGUCAUUGUGGCAUCGUGCUAGUGGGCAGAUCUUCACCAAAGGGCCUGGUGCAUAUAAGAUUCCCGGCUUCCGCGACAUUCCGCAAGAAAUGAAUGUCAGCCUGUUGAAGGACGUCAACUGGGAGAACCUCCGCACCAUUCAGCGUUCGCGUGGUGUUGGUGAGCCGCCACUAUUUAUGGGCAGCUGCGUCUUCUUCGCCAUCCGAGAUGCACUGAAAGCUGCUCGCAAGGAGUGGGGAGUGGAGGACGUGCUGAGUCUGAGGUCGCCAGCUACCGUGGAGAGGAUCAGAGUGAGCUGUGCGGAUCCCAUCGUGAAGCGAGCGCUCGUGAAACCACAGGAGGGCGAGAAGAGCUUCUUCAUUAGCAUAUGA